GCAUGAUAAAACAAAAGAAGUAGUAGAACUAAACGAAAAACAUAAGUUUCCAUAUAAUCUGUACAUAAAGAGGAAGCAAGCUGUAACUGGAACCAUUGAUGCUGAUCAGAAGCUACAGACAUAUGGAACAUUGCUGUGUAAGAAGCUUGAAGUGGAUCCUGUGGAAAAAUUAGUUGAAUUGCUGGCUAAAAUUGAUGAGGAGAAGGGCGAGGCUUUGCUACUUAACCUGACUUGUGGAAUAACAUCUUACCUUAGUCUUCUGAAGAUGAUGCAUCUCUACUUUCUUAUCAUUCAGCCGAAGGCAGACAACACCCUCAGUGGUCAGAAUGAGGCUUGUAAUGCAGGAGGGAACAGAAAAACAGAAGAAGUCGCGAUGUGUCGUACUUUAUGUGAUCAGGUGAAGAACUUCCUGUCCAUGUGUCACCUUCGUCAUUCCACCAUCAAAAAGCCUGAAGCUCCAGUGUACCCUUACAGCUAUUGGGAUCUUCUGUCCUCCAAUUUGGCCAUGUUCGUUGACCUUUAUCUUCUAACCAACAAAAUGUCACACAAGCAGGAGCAGGUUUCCAGAAGGUUAUGUAAUAUUGCCUGUUACCUGACAGAGGACAAUCCCAGCUUCCGACUGGACACCUUCAUACAGAUGUCCAAUGUGCACACAAGCACUAAUCUACUGCUACCUUUUAUAAGGAGGGCAUUUGAAAAGAAGCCUGGCACUGGUGACUUUCAACACUACUUAAAAUAUGUGUUGGCCCUGCGGACUGUCAGUGACACUACCGAGGACAAGGAGGAAAACAGCGAGGUUGACAGCCUAAGGCGCCAGGCUUGUAAGACUGUGCCUGCCCCUAAACAUUUCCUUGAUUGGUUGAGGAAUAAAAAUGAAGACAUCCUUGAUGAAAUGCCAGUGGAAGACCGUCACUUCAAGGGGUCCAGUGUCACUAGAUUUAUCCUGGAGGAGGCAGACGAUCAACUUUUGUCAUGGCUGACUGAUACCCUGACACAGUUUGAUGGAGAGAAUGAUCUAGAGGAACAAGAUAAGAAGGAAAAGAAAAAAUCAAAGAAAAAGAAGAGAAAAUUGGAGUCCAGUAAGAUGGUGGAUGAAGAAAGUACACCAGACGCUGAGUUGUUCUUUCUAGAUACAGGUGGUAGUAAACAGAAUCAAAGUACAGAAUUAGAAAAUAAGGUUUCAAAAAAGAAAGAAAUAUCACUGAAAAAGAAAAGAAAAGGAUUGAAAGAGGCUAUGGAUCAGGAGAGUACACCAGACUCUGGGUUGUUCUUCCUGGACACAGGUGGUAGUAAGCAGGUACUGGAAGCAGAAUUGGAGGAUCCUGUUCCAAAAAAGAAAUUGAAAAAGAAAAUUAAAGAUUCUCAAAAGGUUCAGGAUGAAGAAGCAGAGGAUCCUAUUCCAAAAAAGAAAAAGAAAGAAAUUCAAGGGAAAACUGGGUUAGAGAGUAAACAGGAUUCUCAGUUGUUCUUCUUGGAUACUGCUGGCAGUAAACCAAAACAGGUCCAAGACAAUUCUCAGGAACCAGGUGCAGAAAUGGAGGACCAAGUUUCAGGGAAGAAGGAGCAUGAAUCACUGGAGGCUACAACCAAACCAGGAGAGAAUGAGGAGACAGAAGUGUACAUAAUAGACACUACCCAGAUUUGUCAGGCUACAACCAAACCAGGAGAGAAUGAGGAGACAGAAGUGUACAUAAUAGACACUACCCAGAUUUGUCAGGACAAGGUUAUAGAAGAUGAAGAGAGUGAUGAUUCUUUAGAAAUUACUCAAGUCACAUUCAGUAAAAACCCUGUGGAAUCUAGUGAUGAAGAGGAAAUUGAGGCAGAUGAACUGGACAUCAAGGACAUGGAGGAAGAUAUAUCUGACCUGGAAAUUGAGGCAGAUGAACUGGACAUCAAGGACAUGGAGGAAGAUAUAUCUGACCUGGAAAUUGAGGCAGAUGAAUCGGAUAAAAGGGAUAUGCAGGAAGAUGAAUCUGACAUGGAAUUCCAAAAUAACAACAAUGACAAGGAAAACAAAGAGGAAGAAGUGAAGAAUGUCAUCAAAGAAAAUCAAGUCAAUGGAGUGAAACUGGACGCAGCUAUCACGGCAGCUAAAGAAAAUGUUACUGGUGUUAUCUCUGAUACUGGUAAAGAUGUCUGGGAUAAACAAGAAAAAAUUCUCAGUGUUGAUGAGAAUGAUUUCAUGAAAGGUGAAGAAAUGAACAAUGAGUCAGACAAAGUAAUUGUUGAGGUAGAUGAUUCUGACAAGGUGAUUGUUGAGGAUAAUAAUGGUGAUAUUGAUAUGAAAACUGAUCAAGAGCGAACAGAAGAAAUGCUGGCAUGUUUUGUAGAUAAAAGUCCUAGGGAGGUGCAGGAAGAAGAUUUAGAAGAAGGGGAGGUUACUCUUACAACACCCAACCAAAAGAGAAUGAAAAGCCCAGAACUACCAGUGUCUGGGAGGUCUACAAGACAAAAGAAAAACUUUCUUGAUACAUCAGAAAGGUCUCGGUCAAGUGAAGGACAAGAGAUCACUACCAAAACACUAACAACAGAUAUAAAGGAACCUAGUCAUCAAAAUACAUCAGGACAAAGCCAUCAGACGGAGGGAAAGAAAGAGACACAAUUCUCAAAGAGGACAAGAUCCUCAAACUUAUCACCUGAGAAAGAGUCAUUUGUCAGCACACCUAGAAGAACUUCACCUGGAAAACGGUUAUCAGUCAUUUCAACUGGAAAAAACUUGCCUAGGAAACGAUCAGAAAUCUGUUUGACUAGAAAAAGCCCACCUGAAGAACGAGCAUCAAUCAGUUCAUCUAAAAAAAAAUCAACAGAAAAACAAAUACCAUCCUCUGUCAGAACAUCUGAGAACACAUCAACCAAGAAAUGUUUGUCAGUUGCCACACCAGCUACUGCUGCCCCUCAAAAAAGGCUUUUUGAAGAUGCCAUUGGUUUGAAUGAAGAAGAGGAUAAAGAGGAAAAUGUGUGUUCACCUAGAGUACGGGAAAAGGCAGGUAUUUAUAGGAAGACUCGAGGGACUACAUCAGAGAAUAGAACAGAAUCCAGGACUCCUAGUCAAAAGAAAGAGAAAGCUGAAGCCACCACUAAUGCCAAGCACAAAAAGGAUACUAAUGAAUUUAAUUCAGAUGAGGAAGUCGUUAAAAAAAUAUUGGAAAAAAGGCAGAAAACUGAAACGGACAGGCUAAAGACUCCCAAAAGUACCAAACCAAGAACUCCUAAAAAUGAAUUAAGUCUGCUGAAAACUCCAAAAACUGAAUCAACUGAAACUGACAGGCUAAAGACUCCCAAAAGUAUCAAACCAAAAACUCCUAAAAAUGAAUUAACUAUGCUGAAAACUCCAAAAACUGAAUCAAACAAUCUGCAGGCACCAAACCCUGAAUGUAAUGGGUUUGAUUCUCAUAAAACUGGAUCUAAUGUGUGUAAGACUCCAAGAAUGGAAUCCAACAGGCUCAAAACACCUGGAAGUGAAAGUCAGAAGACUCCUAAAAGCAUCAAGAAAGUUAACAAAACUCCCAUUUCUGUGGAACAGUCACAAUCACCAAGGAAACAGAGCAUGAAUGUGGAAUGGCCCGAUUUCUCUUCAGAUGAUAAGAUAAUGUUACCAACAAGGAGAUCCUCUAGGACUCCCAAGGCUUUACCGACACAGGAACAUAUUGACACUCCAAGACCGGGAAGAAAGGUCAAAACUCCACCUCAGACCACCCCAGAGAAAUCUUUAAAAUCACAAAAUUCUCCUGUAUCAGUACAAGGUGGGACAAGCAGAAGGAGGUCUGUUCCCAAUAAUAGUGCUGAUACUAGUAUGGUCAGUGCUGAUACUACUGUGUCAGAACUGACCGCUGCUAAUCCAGGUACAUCAGAACAUUCAGAGAAACGCUAUUCAUUGAGGGUUACCAGAAAACGGAAAGAAUUGGAGAAUUCUAAUGUUGGUAACUCUCCCAUGGUGACACGGUUGAGAAAGAGUGUUUCUGGUAAUGUAGACUCUGCUGUGGACAGUCAAGAAAGCCAACCUCAGACAGGAAAUACAGAUGUCAGCUUUGUCAGUAGUUCAGGAAACAAAUCUCAAAGUCACUCAAAGUUACAGACUAUAAAUGAGGAUUCUAAUUUGGUGAUGGACAGAGACACAGACUCUGAGGUUUCAUUCUCGAUUAAGGUAACACAGACCCAGUCCUCAAGGAGGAAAUCGACCACAUCUUCCUCUAUCAAGACACCUUUUAAAUCAGACAGGAGGUAUUCAUUAAGAGGGAAAGACUAGGACCCAAGUGUAACAAUUUGUUUACUUGUUCUUUGGCAGCAUCUCAUUAGCGGGUCGCUUCUUAAAUGGACCAAUUAAAUGGAUUUCGUGAAAUAUCAGAUAGUCUUCAUUCCAAGGAUAUUCCUCUUUUCUCUCUGCAUGAUAUUAAUUUUAUCUUUUUCUGUUGAUACUUGAAAAAUAU